AUGCCUGAGACGUCUGGAGCAUCGAAAAAGGAUGUCUUCAAUGAGCCGCAUUGGACGAAGACACACAGUCACCGGGUAGGGUUACGAGAUGGCGAUGACCGAUUCCCCGGUCUGACCCACACCGGAGAUGACUGGCGGUUUGAGAUUGAAGAAGAGGCCGAGGGAAAGAUCGAAGAACUGAAAGAGAAGGCAGCCCGCGGAGAACUUCUCACUGUUCGCGACUUUAUUGCCAAGCAAGAGGACUUCGAAUUCAGACGACCAGAAGUACAUCCGAAGAACCGGAGAUAUGUCCUGCACGUUACAGAAGAUUUUAUCAAAGAGGAACAAGGCUGGCUCAUCAAUGAGAGAAAGCGCCAACACGAAGAUGAGAAAAAGCAAACACAGGAUACAAAUAAGGAAGAUGACUCGGAACCCGAGCCCAAGAAGGGGAAGAAAGAGGACGAGGGUAAACCGGGAUACACCCCGGAGCAGCAGGUGCUUUUGCGGAAUUUGCGUGAGGAGGCACAACAUAUACGCUCCAUGAAACAAAAUGAUGGCAAAGGUCGUUCGCCUGCAUGGUCUGAAUUGAUAUGGACGCAAAUUGAUGAGCUGGAUCAAUUCAGCCCAGAUAACUGGAUCGUGCGACCCGACACUCUAAUCCGAAUCACUGGCAAAAAUCCGCUGAACGCAGAGCCGGAUUUGUCAGAGCUUUUUGAUGCAGGGCUCAUCACACCGAACCGACUUCACUAUGUCCGGAAUCAUGGCUCAGUUCCGAACUUGGAGUGGGCGAAUCAUAAACUUGAGAUAUCAGCUGGUAGAUCUCUGGCGCUGCUCAUGGACGACCUGACGGACCAAUUUGAAAGCGUGAAUAUUCCGGUUCUCCUCGCCUGUGAUGGCAACCGCCGAAAGGAACUCAAUAUGCUCAGGCGUUCCAAAGGUUUCAAUUUUGGUCCUGGGGCUGUCAGUUGUGCUUACUGGAAAGGAGCUUUGUUGCGGGAUGUACUUUUAAAAGCUGACAUUGUGUCAUUAAUGGACGACUAUCCAAGCGCGAGUCUUUGGGUUCAUUUCGAGGGCGCAGAUAAUCUCAGCGAAGGGAGGUAUUCCACCUGUAUACCGCUUGAAUACGCUAUGAACCCGAACAACGAUGUUCUGCUCGCCUAUGAGAUGAAUAACAGCCCCCUGCCAGCUGAUCAUGGAUAUCCGCUCCGGUUAAUUAUCCCCGGAUAUGUCGGAGGUCGGUGCGUAAAGUGGUUGGCGAAUAUAUGGGUGACAGACCGUGAGAAUGAUAGUUACUACCAUAUAUAUGACAACCGUGUCAUUCCCAGCUUUGUGACGGAUCCGAACUCCGAAUUUGCGGAUAUUUUGUUUCAUAACCCGAGUACCAUCUGCAAUGAGCAGGCACUGAACUCAAUUAUCGCGAAGCCAGCCCAGGGUGAGACAAUAAGGCUCAUCGAUGUAAAGAGAGACCAAACAUAUCGGAUCGAAGGAUUUGCAUAUAGUGGAGGCGGGCAGGAAGUACAGCGUGUUGAGGUCAGCCUGGAUGGAGGUGAGAACUGGUUAUACUGCGUGCGGCGGUAUCCUGAAGCACCACUGCGGCACGGAAGGAAAUUUUGGACAUGGCUGUUUUGGCACGUUGAUGUCGACCUUCCGCAAAUGCUAGAGGCCCAAAACAUCAUCGUGCGUUGCUUUGAUGUAGCGAAGAAUAUGCAACCUAACACGCCUUCUUGGAAUUUGACAGGAAUGAUGAACAAUUGUUGGUACGUGGUCAAAUCACAAGUCAUCAACGCUUCUGACACAAACGAAUUGCUCUUGAUGUUUCGCCACCCCUGCGAACCAGGCACUGGAGAAGGUGGAUGGAUGGAACCAUCCACAGAGAUUCAGAUGGAGCAAGCUAAACGCUCUGCAACAGUUUCUCAGAAACAAUUCACCCGCGAGGAAAUAGAAAGUCAUUCGAGUGAAAGGGACUGUUGGAUCGUGAUUAACGAUAAAGUAUACGAUGCCACCAGUGUUCUGAGUUGGCACCCUGGUGGCAUAGCACCGAUCCUCGAUCAUGCUGGGCGAGUUCAUUCGGAGACGACGGAGGCGUUUGAGAGCAUUCAUGACGAUUUUGCUCAGAAGAAAUUGCAAGAAUGCGUCUUGGGAGUGGUGACCGACAAAGUAAAGGAGUUUAUGAAACAUGUGGCCGAGCAGAAAGCCAAACGAAGGGCCACGUCAGCCAGGAGGGAUAUGGAUGUAGCACUGAGCCGGCAUAAAUGGACAUUGGUGCGACUGGUUCGAAAAAUUAAGAUGUCAGGAGAUACAAAUCGCUAUAUAUUCCAACUGCCACCGUCAUCCAAGACACUAGGGCUAGAAACUGGUCAACAUGUGCAACUGGGAUUCCAUUUCCGAGAUCGGCUGGUUUUCCGUCCCUAUACACCUGUUUGGCCAAUCCUCUCCAACCAGGACAAAGGCACUUUCGAUCUGGUUGUGAAGACAUACUAUCCUGAUCCAGGACAACCGGGAGGAACCAUGUCGAAUAUUCUGGACUGUCUUCGGGAGGGAGAAGUGGUGGAGGUGAAAGGACCAUCUGGGCAAAUUAGAUAUCAAGGAAAUGGAGAGAUCCUCGUCGACAACAGAAGUUACUCUUUCGAUCGUAUCACCCUGGUUCUUGGCGGAUCAGGGAUCACUCCGGGAUACCAACUUGUCGCCAGGAUUCUAUUAACAGAAGAAGACCGAACAAAGAUCAGAGUUAUCGACGCGAACAAGACCGAGGAUGACAUUUUAUUACAUGCAGAGCUUGAUCGAUUCGCACGGGAGAAUCCGGACCAGUUUAGCGUCACCCAUGUUUUAUCUCAUCCAGGGGAUGACUGGCCAGGCGAAAAAGGUCAUGUAGACGAAAGGAUCCUCCACCAGUAUGCGUUUGAACCGGAUGAACGGUCUGUGGCGCUUUUAUGUGGACCUCCAGCGAUGAUCAAGAAAGCGGUGCUACCAGUGUUGAAGGACUGGGGGUAUCAUGAAGACAAGAAUCUGUUCGGGUUUUAG